AUCUCUCUUCUUCUUCGUCGCCCACCCCGGCCAUAGCCUUGGCUUCCCGGAGACCCCAGCGUGGUCACAGGGCCCCCCCUGUGCCCAGGGAAAUGUUUCAGGCUUUCCCCGGAGACUACGACUCCGGCUCCCGGUGCAGCUCCUCGCCUUCUGCCGAGUCCCAGUACCUGUCAUCGGUGGACUCCUUCGGCAGCCCGCCUGCCGCCGCCGCCUCCCAGGAGUGCGCCGGUCUCGGGGAAAUGCCCGGUUCCUUCGUGCCCACGGUCACCGCCAUCACCUCCAGCCAGGACCUGCAGUGGCUUGUGCAACCCACCCUGAUCUCUUCCAUGGCCCAGUCCCAGGGGCAGCCCCUGGCCUCGCAGCCACCGGCCGUCGACCCCUAUGACAUGCCGGGAACCAGUUACUCCACGCCGGGCCUCAGCACCUACAGCAGCGGGGCUGCAAGUGGGGGUCCUUCCACCAGCGGGACCCCCAGUACCUCUGGUCCCAUGCGCUCCACCCGAGCCCGGCCCAGGCGACCCCGAGAGGAGUCGCUCACGCCUGAGGAAGAGGAGAAGAGACGGGUACGCCGGGAGAGGAACAAACUGGCAGCGGCCAAAUGCAGGAACCGUCGGAGGGAACUGACUGACCGGCUCCAGGCGGAGACAGACCAGCUGGAGGAAGAGAAGGCCGAGCUGGAGUCGGAGAUCGCCGAGCUCCAAAAGGAGAAGGAGCGUCUGGAGUUUGUGCUGGUGGCCCACAAACCGGGCUGCAAGAUCCCCUACGAAGAGGGGCCCCCCGGGCCGGGCCCGCUGGCGGAGGUGAGAGAUUUGCCUGGGUCAGCGGCCGCUAAGGACGACGGUUUCAGCUGGCUGCUGCCGCCGCCACCAGCGCCCCUGCCUUUCCACGUCGGCCAGGACGCACCCCCCAACCUGACGGCUUCUCUCUUUGCACACAGUGAAGUUCAAGUCCUGGGCGACCCCGGCCCCCCCGUUGUUAAUCCUUCGUAUACCUCCUCGUUUGUACUCACCUGCCCGGAGGUCUCCGCCUUCGCCAGCGCCCAGCGCCCCAGCGGCAGUGACCAGCCCUGUGACCCCCUGAACUCGUCCUCCCUCCUUGCUCUGUGACCUCCUUUAGACACAAAACCAAACACACAUUCGAGGGAGAGAGAGAGAGAGAGGAACAAAAAAGAGAGAGACAGACACUGGGAAGAGGAGGAGGAGGAGGAGGAGAGAGAGGGGAAGAGGACAGAGCCGGGCUGUGGCCUCCCCGCCUCCUCCACCGGACUCUGCUGCCACUGCCAUCGGACAGGACAGGACCCUCCCUCCUGCCUGGCUUGCCGCAGC